AUGGAAGCUACUAGUUUGUCGCCUGUGAAGCGACGCGCCGUGCUUGGUGCAAAGGACGCGAACGCGGCUCUGGCAACGCCGAAUACAAACAAAGUGGCGAGGAUAGGAACGCCAAUGCUUUCAACGCCUUCAACUCUCUUGGUGACCAGUCCAUUGAGAGAAGUUUCGUCAGAAAAGGGAAAGAAGAGAACAGCAGAAGAGGGCGGCCAAGAGGUUGCGGAUGAGAGUCCGGAGACCAAGAAGGCGUGUGUUGAUGGGGCUGCGCGAUCACGGUCGCCUAGCAUUGAAACGAGCUCUCUCUUUGAUACUUCUGCCGGGGACGCUUCCUGGGCCACUGCGCCAACAGAGCCAGACUCGGCCAUGGCAACUGCAGACACACCACUAUUCGCUACAAGACCCAGAGCAAUGACAAGAGAGCAGGCAAGAGAGAAAGCAGAGAUUCUCCGAUUGCGACUCGGCCUCGCAGGAUACAAGCUGCGCACCGGCCAGACAACAAUUCCCCUCUCCGAACUCCAGCGCAGACCCCUCCCUCCAUCAACAAUAACACGCAAACGAGCAAGCACCACUACCCACGCGAAACCGACGAAUACACACAGCAGGGCCCAAAGCGCGGAUUCAAUCCCGCAGGUGCCCGCGCUUUCGCAGGAAUCAACCACCACGUCGGUUGCGUCUGGCGCCAUGACCUUGCCUGCUUCUCAGGAGAGCGUCAUUGUAGAGACGAGGGGAAACACGCCUGACCGCGAAGAAGCCGGAAAUGUUGAAAGGGACAAGGCGGUUAUGCUUCCCAUUGGCGAAUUGGAUUCUCCUUCCAAGUUCUUCCAGUCUAGCCCGGCGCCUGCACCGGUAUCUUCGCUGAGGAAUGGCGAUCAUGACGCAAUUUCACACGAAUAG